CCUCUUUUCUCUUUUUCUUUUCUUCAGGCACACGACCACCUCCAUCCUUGACAGACAUUUCCUUGUCCCUCAGCCCUCCUAUACCCUAACACCACAUCCCAUAACGCCCCUCUCCUUUCUACCUGUACCCGGCCAACCCCACCGCUCCUCCGCACCCAACUCAUUCAUUCACUCCUCCUCCUCAACCGCCAGCCCAUUCCUCAUCUCAUCCCGAAAGAAGAAACCUCACUAUGAAGACCUCUUUCAAACCCCUGUUCUUCAUCGCCUUGACCUGCGCCCAGUACCUGUCCGGUACUCAGGCACAGUCGUCAAUUACCACUUCUCAUGCUGCCAUCACCAGCACAGCUACGACAUCGACCUCGGCCACGGUACCAACGCCGUCGCAAUCCGCGUUCAUCAAUACCCCGGGUCUCCAGGUUACCUCGCCCUACAAUGGCAUGACCGUCAUCCAGGGUACCAUGCUGUCCAUCUCGGCCAGUAUCCAAGACCAGCGACCCAUCAGUUCGAUUAACAUCUCGGUCGCGAAGAAGGACGGGUCGUCAAACACCACGAUCGUCUCCAUCACCUCGGGCGCCAUUCUCAAGGCCACCCAGACCUGGAAUGUCACCGCCGCUCAGUACCCCGUGGGCGCGUACAUUCUCAACAUGGUGAUCACACCUAACACGACUGCUCAAGGCACGAGCUCAGUCCCUAACGCCGGCAGUAGCAGCGUUAUCAGCAGUGUCGCGACCCCGACCAGUUCCUCCGUGCAAGCUGGAUCGACGAGUUUGAUCCCGAUCCCUGGACCACCUACAUCUCCAGGUACAGGACCCAAUGUGUACUACUGGCAGGCGACAGUUCAAGUGAUCGCACCGAUGAACACGAGUACUACGCCCAACACUGCGAAUGGAUUGAUUCAUGGUCAUGGACAGGGUCUCACGGCCUUGGUUCUUGCGGCUGGAACCGCACUCAUGGGAUCUUUCUUGGCGCUCUAGAGAGUGGGAGGGCUAUACUGUCCUGCUGGCGUCUUUGCUUUUUUUUUUUUAUCAAGAGAUUUGACAGGAAAAUUUACAGGUCAAAUAAAAAAAAAAAGCAAGCGAGCUCGACCUUGAGCGAUC